AAAGACCUGUAGAAGAAGAUUCAUGAUCCUUGAUAAAAUUCAAGUUUUGUGAAAUCAAUCCUGAAGACUACAAUUUUAGAUUUUGGAACUAGAUAAUGGAUCAUCAAUGGCGUAUGAGGUUUUCGUUCAAGAACGCCACAAUUGCUCUCACAGUCGUCAACGUUCUCAUCUUCCUCUUCCUCCUUCAGGGCUUUUUCACUUCAUCAUCUUCAUCUACAUCUUCUUCUUCCUCUCGCCGACUCAUUUCAGCUCAGCUUCGGUAUAUCAAGGAAGCCGAAGAGCUUAGGCUCAAGAUGCAACCUUUGGAGCUCAUUAAAAGAGUCCGAGAAAUCGAACAGGAGGUAUCUGCGGGACAAGAAACCGAGCAGCAGAAAGAUGUGAAGCAGACUACAGCCGUUGAUCUCUCUAAACGGCUCAAGGAUUUCCGUGCACUAAACGAUGCAUCAAGUUUGAAAGGCUUUGGAGGCAAUGGAGCAACACCGUUCUUCUUGACGUUUUCGAUAUUGGCCGCGGUGAUAGGAGUAGCGUCGAAGUUGGCCGGAGCUAAUCAUAUUAGGUUUUGGAGGAAUGAUAGUCUGGCAGCUGCCGGAGCUUCUGCCAUCGUUGCAUGGGCCAUCACAGCUCUUGCCAUGGGGUUGGCAUGCAAGCAAAUAAACAUAGGAGGAUGGCGAGGAUGGAGAUUGAAGAUGAUUGAAGCCUUCAUUAUCAUUUUGACGUUCACUCAAUUUCUCUACCUCAUGUUGAUCCAUGCCGGUGCAUUGAGCAGCAAAUAUGGUCCUGGCUACAGAGACCAAGACUAUGCUACAGGCCAAGGUCAUGGCCAUGUACCCCACACAGUGGGCGAGCACAAGGCUGGUGUUGGAUCUACCAUGGCAGUUUGAUAAAAAUCGUGUGUUUUAAUUGUGUUUUGACGUUUGGAUAAAAAGUACUUACGAUAUGUAGUUUAUGUUUUUCCAAGUUUAUGUAAUAAUGUAAUUCUAUCCAU